GGUCCAGGGGGGCGGGCCCCACGCGGUGGCGGGAAAGCUGUGGCCCUGGCCCUUCACCCCGGACUGUGAGGGGCUGCCGGUUGCGACGUGUCUCUGGCCAGCAUGGACGCGGCGGAGGUGGAGUUUCUGGCUGAGAAGGAGCUGGUCACCAUAAUCCCAAACUUCAGCCUAGACCAGAUCUACCUCAUCGGGGGGGACCUGGGGCCUUUUAACCCUGGUUUACCAGUGGAAGUGCCUCUGUGGCUGGCGAUUAACCUGAAACAGAGACAGAAGUGUCGGCUGAUUCCUCCUGAGUGGAUGGAUGUGGAAAAGUUGGAGAAGAUUAGGGAUCACGAGCGGAAGGAAGAAACCUUUACCCCUAUGCCUAGCCCUUACUACAUGGAACUUACCAAACUCCUGUUAAAUCAUGCUUCAGACAAUAUCCCAAAAGCAGACGAGAUCCGGACCCUGGUCAAGGAUGUGUGGGACACUCGCAUUGCCAAACUACGGGUGUCUGCUGAUAGCUUUGUGAGACAGCAGGAGGCACAUGCCAAGCUGGAUAACCUGACCUUGAUGGAAAUCAGCAGCAGCGGGCCUUUCCUCACAGAAGCACUCAAUCACAUGUACAAACUACGGACAAACCUGCAACCUCCUGAAAGCACCCAGUCUCAGGACUUCUAGAGAAGGCUAUGUGCUUGGAAAGAAAGGCUUUGUAUCUCCCAGCGGAGGCCUGCCGGGUGGUGUGUGUGUGUGUCCAGGUCAUAAUGGAGGUACUGGUAUCUCUGGAGCUCUAGAACCCCUUUUGAAUGUAUGAAAAACUGUGUAAUGAAACAAGGAAUGGGUUCAUAACAUUGUUGGAAAGCAACAGGUUUGUGCUUAGUCUUUGAGACAUUCUUUAAUUCCACAUCUGUCUCUAGGGAACCAGCUGUUCUUUUAUGGGGGAGAGAAAGUUUUGGCAAAACAAGUUAUUUUCCCCAGCAGAGCCUGCGGUCUCCUGUGUGGCAUUGUCAUGUGGGUGAACAUUCAGUGAUGUUUAGUGUUGCUUGUAAGUGAGAAAUGUAGUAGGAAUGAUGAUGUGGCCUGGGGCUUUUUUCCUUUCUUGACCCUGAUCUCUUGGGCUAAAUUUAGACUCUCCUAGAGUCUGCUCACACAGAGGUAGAUGGCAGAUGAGUGGUAAGAUGUUGACCAGGGUUCACCAUCUAAGCCCAAUAAAGAUGGACUCCACCCACAUCUUGCAUUGUUUUUUUUUUUUUUUUUUUUUUUUUUUCCCUUGCAUUACUACCAAGUAAAGAGAGCAAGUCCUAAAGCUGAAAUGGUUUGAUCCAAUGGGAUGUGUGGCAGGCAGGGGUGAUAUUCAGACUGACACUUGGGUGUCUCUUGUUCUUUUGGCUAUUUCUAGUUAAGGUGUAGCGGGUUUUUCCACAAGAAGAAAGCCAGGGAACUCCCUGGCUGCUUGAAGCUCAGCUGCCAUCAUGAAUGACAUAGUAACUGUCCAACCAGAGCAAAUUGAGCAAGUUCAUGACCAACCAGACUCCUUCAUGGAAACAGAUGGGUCAUUGGUGUUCUUCACCCUGGGGAAGGCAACAGUAUCUAAUACAGAAAAUCAAGACAAAGUAGCCACAAUGUACAAGACCACACCAGAUAACAUCUUUGGAUUCAGAAGCCAUUUUGGGGGUGGCAAGACAGCUGGCUCUGGUGUGAUUUAGGAUUCCUUGGAUUAUGCAAAAAGAGGAAACAAACCCACUGAUGUGUAAGACACAACCCAUAUGAGAAGAGAAAGACCUAAGGAAAACAGCAAAAGGAACGCCAAGGCAGAAUUAAGAAAGUCUAGGGGACUGCAAAAGCCAAGGCUGGUGCUGGCAAACAGCUCAAGAUUGGACGACAGGAAUAAAGAUUCUGCAGUGACACUAUCUGUGGUGAUUGUGCAGAUCUUUCACAUUAAUAACUUUACAAGUUUUAAAAAAAAAGCCCAGGAUAAACAGAUUGCAUGAUCUGGGGUGUGUGAAUGAGGCUGAAGUCCAGAUGUUGGGAGGGGAAAUCGUGCCCAUAUUGCUGCUCUUGCUGGAUGGAGAGAACCAGUUGGAGGCAGCGGUGUCUUAAGGAAGGGUCCAUUUCUUUUUCUAGGAGAAACUUUUCAAUUGUAGUGGUUUAGAAUUGCCCUAGAACUAACCUUACCUUGAGAGGAGAAAUGAGUCUCAAGUCCUACAGGGUAGGGUUCUGUCACCAGCUGGUUUUUGACCAUAGCACUGCUGGUCAGACCAUGUUCUGCCUAGGGCUUUUCUGCGUGUACACACACGAUCAACUGAGCCUAGAGAACAGUUUCUGGAUUUUGCCCUUCAGUGUUCAAAGCCCAGAUGCCUGUUACUCAAGUACGGUUUCUCUGUUCCAGAUCACUACCCAGCUGUCCCUCUGACAAACAUCUGAGGGUUAUUAUUUGAACACUGCAGGGUCAGAUAGGAAGACCUGGUCUCUGUCAUUUAGGUGAUUGUUUUAGAGAGUUGCUUUCAGAUGACAGGACUUGCCUUUUCAUCUGCAGACUCUUCUAGAAUGAGAAACCACAUGCUACUGGGGAGGGUCAGAGUCCCAUAUAUCAUAGAGCUCCCCCUUACUAUCCUGUGCUCUUGAAAUCUGGCUGAGGUUAUAAUCGAAUUUGUCUCCAUGUUUUACCUGUAAAGCUAGAUGGCUGAGCUUUUCUGCCCCCUCCCCCCCUUUUUCUGCCCUAUUAUAAAAAAGAUUUUCCUCUUAAUGAUUUAGGAAGAUUUUAUUUUUUGGAUGUUGUCAGAAAUUACAGCAAUAUAUUCAUAAAUACCUAAUUACUACAUUCAACAAAUAAUAUUACAAUACAAUUAAUUCAAACAAGUACACUUAGAACAGGUUUAAUUUCACAGCAUCUAAACUGCCCCCAGAGUGACCGAGGCAUUCCUCCUCCCUCCCAUGUACUGGUUUUACUGUUCUAGCAAUUAAGCACAGGGUACAUACAAAGUAACACAACCAAUUAGAUGGUCUUCCUCAGGUCAAGGCAGAGAGAAGAGUUUCACUUAAGCGUUGGAUCAAGAAGUUGGGGCAGACAGGCUACUGCAAGUAGUGAGGAAGUCAGUAACUGGUUUCCUGGAAAAAGAGUGCAGGGAUGGCUAAGUGGCUAAUAUACACCUAAGAGUAACAGAAUCGGCUUAUGCUGACCAUCUCCAUCUUGUGGUAGAUCCUUAGAAUUUUCUACUUAAAAACAGCUCAGAGGUGAAAGGGGGUAUCUGAUUUUUGAGAUUUGGCAGCAUGAUUAAGCUACUUGAGGAAAGUACCAUUCCAUGUACAAACUUGGGAUUUCUUGUGUUGUAAUUCUCGGCUAUUGAAAGCGUGGGCUCCUUUUAAUGUUUUUGGAAUUUGCUUUAGGAUAUAAUCCUCUAGAAUGUAAAUGCCAAUUAAGUGUCUAGUUUCUUUCUAGAGGAAAAAACUAAGUCCUGUCUUGGUCACCUCUAGGAGAUCAUGGAUUGAGAUAUUUUAUGUCCAUUUGGCUUUAUGAAACAAAAUAUUUCCAAAUGAUCAGGUUAUAUAUAGUGCCAAGUUUUGGGGAGAGCUCUGGUUUGUUUCUAAUGAUCUGAUUAAAUGUGGAACCACACGCCUCAGCUCUGGAAGUUGAGUGCAGUCCCCUUUAGGACAGAUGGCAGCCGGAGCUUCCAGGUGUGGUAGGAAGACACAAGGUCGUGAAAGACGGAAGUCUUCACGAAAAUACUGACACAAGUUGCAUAAACAAUUCUAGAGCAAACUUGGUGUACUUCUGAACUUUGUCUUUUAAACUGUGUGAACUAGCUGAACAGAAAGCUUCAGAAAUUAUGUAUUUGUCAAUUUUUCAGCCCAAACUGAAGACUUAGGUGCUGCUGUGCUGUUUCUGAAUCAUCUGAAGAUUAUGGGAUGGGAAAAAAACCAUGAUUGGGCACCAGGUCUCACUGGUGUACUUUGCUUUCUUACCUUAGCUUUUUCAUGCUGCCUUACUGGUUUAUAUUCUGAUUGUCUUAUUACAGAUAGGUGAGCAUGUGGGGGAGUCAGAGUGACAGAAAGCAUGAAGGCAGGCGGGGGGGGGGGGGAGGUGGUAUUUCCAGCUGGAAGGAACAAGAAGAGUUCUAGCUCUGGGACAGAGCUGUACCCACAGCUGGUUGUAACCCACGGGCAGAGACCUCCCCUGUAUAGCUCCAUCCCUUUACCCCGCGACCUCCUCCCAUUACAGAAAAGCCCAACAAGGGGCUCCCCUUGGAUGGUGAAGGGCUGGGCUGUACUUCCUGUUUCCUCUGGCCAUUGCCAAGCUGAUUAGCAGGGGCAUCCAGCCCUUUCCUGUGAUUUUGGGGGGUAGGGUGGGGGACAGGGAGGGAGGUGCUAAGAUAUAACUCUUAAGCUUGCUGUUUCAGACUGGAAAUAGCAAGCAGACUUUUAGAGAAAUUCAAUAAUAGUUUCUCUGACUGUUGGCAGUAGAGCUCCCUCUGAACACCUGUCCCCACUUGUGGAACAUGUUGAUCUCUCAAUGUCUUUGCAGGGGAGGAGGCCCACAGAACAGGCCUUCGUUCUCUUCAAGUCGUUUUUGUGGAGAGGAAGGCGCUUGUUGACUGCUGAUAAUACUGGCGGCACUUUUUGUCUGAGUUUGCUAAUAACUGGAAGAUUCUUGGCAGACAUACAAAGCAAACGGUGUGGGAACAGAUAAAGCAACACAGUGCCAUCUGCCAGCAAGCUGUUCUGCACAGCUAAGGUCUGGGGCUGAGGGCGCGGCCACUGAUCACAGUGAGUAGCCUUCCUGAAGGUCAGCCAGCCCUUCCCCUGACCCAGGGUGAAGGGGACAGCGGCCAUCAAGAUUCUUGCCUCUACUCCCACCCCUGACAGACCAACCACUGGCUGCUCUGGGUCUCUGGUUUGGGCCCAUUCGGCAAGAGGUUACCUGCUUGAUCUAGAGUAGACACUGCCUGAAUGAGCAGUAACUGGGACAAGGAGGAAACACUGCUUCGCACUGAGAUGGCAUUCCCAGCUGCUCCUAUGCUCAUGACCAUGUAAGUUCGAGAGGAGGAGAAGUUCAGCUCAGACAUUGUUUACCCUACUUUUAGGCUUUUACAAAGCUUUGCAUCUAAAUAAAGCUUCUAAAGUUUCUACUUUGCACCUGUUCUCAGACUGCUGUAAGACACCUUAGAAUCCUAUCACAGAACUCGCUCACUUCCUGACCGGUUCUUUCAACAGAGCCGUGUGCACGCACAGGUGCAUACACGACAGCUGCUUGUUCCCGCCUGGGGACAAGCCCCUCCUCAAUAGCAACUGGUUCUGGGUGCUGUCCAGAGCCAGGGGGAGGGGACAGGAGGAGGUAAGAAGUAACACAUGGCUUUCUACAUCACUUUCUGGUGCAACUCAAAAAUGAAGUGAUCGCAUAGGCGCCAGUGGUAAGCUCUUUUACUUUUCUUCUUCUUUAAUUUUUAAAAACACUUCAAUAUUUUAAUGUCCUGACCAGCAGCAGUACAAACACUAAAAGCAAGUUUUUUUGCCCAGAAAAACAAAAGCAAAAAAACAAACAAAACCCCCAAACAGGAAAACAAACAAACAAAAAUCCCCCCAAACCACAUAUUAAAAAUGGCAGGCUUUUUAUAACAAUAAUUAAAGUAAUAAAAACAUACAAAACUUUGUUUUUUUUAAUAUAUAUACACAGUACAAGGCUGAAGCACCUUUGACUUUUCUCUCAAAAUUUACGUUUGUAUGAAAACACAGCCCACUGCAGUAACAAUUUGGUGGGUGUGAACAUAUGUAUACAUAGAGCUCUGUACAUUUUCCCCCACGGAGUAAUAAAAAGGUACCUUCAGUUUGUUGAUGCACUUUAGAGGAGAGCUUUUCCAGGGAAAAGCCUUUGGGUGAGGCUUUAGUACUGUUGCUUUGUGUGCUCCUAGGACCUGUUGCUUUGAAGAAAAUUUUGCAGAAAAGUAACAAACAAAUAAGCCCUUUCCUGGAAAUGCACCCCACCUUCUUCCAGCUGAAGCAGGUCUCAGUCCUGUGGAGGAGCGAGGCCGGCCCCACGCUGCAGCGAAAGCAGACUGGGUUAUUGGGGAGUGCUCACACGGCCACACCAGGAACAGAACACGCUCGGUCUGAUCCAGUCUUACGCACCCAGGGGCCAGAAAUGAUCAAGUUUUAGUGUUGGUAUAGGGAGCCUUCACUUUCAGAUUUGAAAAUAAUGAUGGGGGAAGAAUAAAACCACCUUUAAAAAGAAAGAACUAUGGGCGUCCUACAUUGGUUGCUCGCUGAAUGACAAAGGUGAUUCAGGUGCAUUGAAGUCAAGGCGAGUUCGUUCGUUCUUCUGGAGCCUGGAAUCCUUUGCUUCAUGCAUGGCACAUUCUCAUUUUUUUUUUUAAGCUUCAAACCUCCCAGUGAAAAAUAUUAAAUAUUCAAGGUAAUAAAAUAGAUAAUAUUUCUAUACUAUAGGUUCGGCCUAGUGCAAGGGAAACCGUCACCUAGGAUAUCCCUUAAAGUAACCUCUAGGCCAAUGCAUUGCAGGCAACGCAAGGCACUUCCUCAAGUGAUCCAGUUCUGCCUGGAGUCGCUCCCUCUCUGAAACAAUCUUCUGUUUCUGGCUCCUCAAUUCCUGGAGAGAGAGAGAGAGAGAGAGAGAGAGAUUCAGGACCCUUGUGUGUAACCAGCCGGGACGGAUAGAACAUUUAGAAGCGUGAAAGAAGACAGCACAGAGCCCAUCCCAGUCAGUUUCAACCUUUGAUUCAGUGAGAAUGAGUUGAAGCGAACCCUGAUAUCCCACCUUCGGGAAUUCCCACCAAAAUGUCUGAGGGGAGUGGAUCUGGGGGCUCAAGUGUUACAAAGCUCUCUCCGAGGUUGUUGGAACAAACACCUGCUGGUCUGGCUGUCAAAGAGUGGGGAGGCUUCCAGGGCCUUCUGGGUGGACUGCAGCACAGACUCAUGGAACUGAUGUGCAAACUCUUCCGCCAUGAAGGGCUCCCAUGGCUUGCUCUUCCCAUUGAUGCUGUGGGACAGUGGCACGGGAAUGUCCUUGGGCGCAGGGCCCCGGAUGUAAUGAAGCAUGCUCAGGCUCUUCUUGCCCCCAGGGGCCUCGUUCAGCCUAGCCUUCUCGCUGCUGGCAGGAGCGGGCUCCUGGACCCGCGACAGCUCCUGGGGCCGGAGCUGCUCCGGUCUCCCAGGCUCCGUGGCCUUUGCGACGUCAGACAAGGAAGCAGCAACACCCACAGGCUUCUCCAUAUCCAGAGAGGCUUGCUGCGUGGCUGGUUCUUUUAGAGACAGAAAGUGAGGAAAAUGUUAAGAGCGGCAAGUGAACAGGCGGACCCUGACCUCUAGAGCUUACAUUUAAUAAAGACCUAGUGCAAAGAACCAAGACUCAGGGGGCCGUUUAAUUAAAUGCCAGUGAGCGUGUGCGGUCGGAAGGUGGGGCUAUGUUCAGCAGCAAGUCCAUCCUUGAAAGGCGCCCCAGGAAGGCAUCUAAGAAGAAAGAGAAUCUGAAGGAAGAAGCAAGUCACUUCAGGUCACCUAAAAGGUAGACGUUACAUGGCCCAACUGGAUAAGAAAGACGAUGUUAGGAUCUGAGAACAGGGCCAGACCAUCAAGAUUUCCUGCUCAGAAGCACAGCGAGGUUUAACCGAAGCCAAGAGAGAGAAAGGUGUGAAAGCAGGUGUCGGAGAAGCCUGCAGGGCAGAACAAGCAAGAAAGAGAUGACGGAGAAGAGUGUCAACGUGAGGCCGGCAGGAGCAGCAGCGCCGGAGCAGCAGGCGCCGGAACCUGGGGCACGGGCUCCAGAGGGGUGGCCGGCCGGUGGCUGUGACUACAUGAACCGACCGCAGACAGCCCUGUGGAACCGGGACCCUCCCCAUUGGCUCCCAGCCUGGACUUCCCACUCUCCUGUUCCAUCCUGAACACAGCUUUCCCCAACUGUGCUGGGAGCUUUGUGCGGAAGACAGAGACAGACACACAGAGAGAAACACAUUCGGUUUCCAAGAGGAAAGACUGAUGACGAAGGCCUUGAAUGGUUGCCUCUGACCUCGGGCAUCCCUCAGGACAGUCCCAGGCGGUGGCGGAGGAAGGGGCUGUCCUUCCCGCCCUGGGCCUUACCGCUCAGGGAGACAGCAGGACUGUCCCUCGGAGAGUUCCUGAGUGGGUCUGCCACUGCUGCGGACAGUGCCUUCUGCUUCAUGGCAUGGAGCAUUUCAACAAGUUUCUCUUUGUCUAUGAGAAAAGCAGCCUGAGAUUAACAACACAGUUGCAUCACUGCUGAGAGGGAAGGGGAGCAGGCUUCUAGCCCAAGCCGUCACUGGCAGGUGCAAGUCCUUUAAAUCAAGAAGAGCAAAGCAAGGACCAAGGGGAACAGGCUGUGUUUAAAGGAAGAAACUUUCAUUUUAGGGUUAGCUCAGAUUCUGCUCAGCUUUUGCUACAGAGCAUUCUAGAUGCAUUCCAAAAAUAGCUGUGUGCAUACAUCAAAAUAAUGGGUUCCCGUGAUCUUCAGAGGUGACUUCCGACACUAUUCUUAUUUAAAAGACUCAGGCACACAAAAGCUCCCAACAAAAGGAACAACCGUGAAGAUCCACACAGCACCUCUGGGAGCAUGGGCUGCUUCCAGGCACAUUCCUCUCCCCUACAGCUCUUGGCACACGUGCACAAGUCCCAGCAAGGCUGCCAUCUACUGAAACGGAACCAGACCCCCGUGACGCCCACCACUGUGAGUUCCUGUUGUGGUGGCACUUGUUACCAACUGACACCGAAGUGCCUGCAUCACUGGUGGCUUCCUCUAGGAAUUAAGUCAGGCAAAAAGAUGCUUGUUACAAACAAGAUUAUGGCUGUUCCCAGGGACAGGUGCCAGUGAUCAAUGAGUCACUGCCUCUUUAAGAGAAUGCGCAGGUUCCAGUUUAAGGUUAAAGGCGAAAAGCACACGGCUACACCCCACUAAUGAAGUAAGUGGAAGCAAGUAUGUGACCAGUAACACUUCUGCUUUCCUUCUGACUUCCUUCCAGAGAAGUGACAACCUAGGUAUCAGCAAGUUGGACUUAGAAGCAUGGAAAUGAGCAUCGAGACAGGUGGAGUUCUCACCUGAACUCACUUCCUGGCACUAAGUGAGGUAUGGGCCAGACCAAGGAAGGGGAGGCGAGAAUGUGCUCAGACCGCACCACCCCUCCUGUGCUAUGGACUCCAGCCUGAAAAGGUGGCCCCAACAUGGCCCUUGGUGGCCAGAUGGACCUGGAAGCACCUUCCAGGGCAAGCUGUCCCAUUCACAGCAUAUGCUGGCUCUGCCUGGCCACCACAGGCCACCCCGAGCCUCCUGCUGUCAGAACGCAAAGCUCUGUGGGCCACGGCAGCACCUGCCAAGAGUAAACAGCCACUACCUGCAGGAUGGUGCACUGCGACCCUGCGCCCAGGAGUCGCCCCACUUGCUGCCUGAAGCACUGGGAGGUCUGACAAGUGACAAGAGCAGCCGUCAAAAGCAGGCUUUACACACAGAACACAUGGCACCAAGCCUUCAGUCCUGCACAGGAUGUGACAAGAGAUAUGCCCUCCAAGGAGGGGAAUUUGCAUUUUGGAUGGAGAGAAAGUCGAUGCUGGAGCGAUACUGGGGUAGGCCCGUGCAAGCAAAGUAGCUGCCUCCUUGGGGGCCAGAGGGAAUAGAAAGAGCCCCAGGAUGAAGUGGUUUUAGAUCCUACCAGGAGUGUGGGCAUGGAACAUUCCCAGGAGCCCACGGCCCCUGCUUCUCCAGAAGCUUGUGGCCGCAGAGUGACCCGACCCCACGAGGCCCACACUAGGCUGUACCUUUCCUCUUCUCGGCACUGAUGUGAGUCAGGUUGAAGAUGGUCAGGAACUUCUUCUUCUCUUCGAAGUUUGGGCUGUUGUUCAUCUCAUCAGGACUGUAGCGGGUGGACAGUGCCAGUCUCGGUGAAGGCGUCUGCCGCUUGUUCUGAAUCGUCGGGGGUGACGGGCUUCGCUCCCUCAGCAUCCGCCGCCGCUUCCUCCGCUUCUGGGUCAGCAACUCCUCCUUCUGCUGUUGGGUGGUCAAGCCAAAAAGUUGCAAAAACUCUAGCUUCUAGAUUGGGAAAGAAAACAAAUGAGUUUGAAACCACUGGCAGUGGCAUGCUUCCACUGUCCCAGGGGCUCCCUCCUGGGGUCCAUGCAGCCCAUGAGCUGUGGCCAACUCCACACUGGGCCACAGACGCGGAAGACCCUGACGGCGCUUCCAGACAACCUGCAGUCAAUGGGAAUGGAGGGGUGCAGGGGUUCCUAGCAAAUGAGGGGCUGCCCGGGACAGUGGGAGGGAAGCCAAGAAGCAGAAAGUGAUGGGGGCACCAGAGGCCCCACCCACAACCUGUCACACGGGGACGAGAUUCCAGAUACCUCGGAGGACGUGUCCAGCUUGAGGGGCGGCUGCUCGGCCACGCAGCGGAGGUGGGCCCUGACCUCCUCCUCGUCACUCUCAUCGUAAGAGUCGUCCAGGUCGUAGUAGUAUCCUGGGGACAAGAAAGGACUGUUGGGCUGGGCAAGGAGCCUCAUCCUACAGUGGAUGCACACAGGGGGCCCCUCUGUGACACGUACAGAAGCACGCAUCAGACCAAGACCUGCAGGCCUCCCUGACCACCCCAAAACCCCAGAUUCCUUUUAUCCCAGGUGGAAACAUGCAUUAACCCCUAGUCCUAGGAUUUUAGCACUUUAUAGGGAUGGCUGGUGAGGGGUGAGGGUGGAGACGGCAGGAGGCAGAUGCCAGGCUUCCUUUGGACCCCAAGUGAUGAGGCUGAGGUGGCCUGAACGGACAUGAUCUCUCUGCAGGGAAUCAUUCAUCCCACAGGCCUGGGGCCGUGUCCAUGGCAACCCAAGGCUGUGUGUGCACAUCCACUCCCCUCCUGCUGUGGCCAUCUGGGUCCACUACCCAGGAGGGGCCAGGCAUACUCAGGUCCCCACCUAAGGCAGAGAAUGUGCACAGAAACUCACGUAGAAAGCAGCAGCACCCCUGCACCGAGGGCACUGGAUGGGGCACUCCCUCAUUCUCCCUCACAAGACAAGUGGCGGAGAAAAAUACUUUUGGGGCCUUAAAUCUAGCCUAGAGCAAGAACCCUGGGAAGACCUGGCCCUGGUCCCAGCUUCUGGCUAAGAGACUGAUUUCAAUAGGACUCGUUUCUAGCAGGAAAAAAACAAAAAAAAAAACAAAAAAAAAACUGGUCUGGAGCAACCUCUGACCCCUCCUGGUCAGACAGGGUGUGCAAGUAGGAGACAGCCAAGGGUACCUUGGACCUGCUGGCUGACAGUCCCGCCCCCACCAGCGCCCUUCCCACUGCAGGAGCAGGGAGGGAAGGGGGCCAGAUCUGUCCCUGCCCUACCCCCACCGAGGAUGGCAACCCCUGAGGAGCCCCCACUGGGCCCAGGCCUGUUCUCUCGACAGCCUCCUCCUCUGUUAUGCUGCGCUAUUAAUAUUUAAAAUCGUCUUAUUA